UCUUUGCUCCCUUUGCUAAGCCACUCGGCGUUUACCUUAAGUGGCAACUAAAAAAAGCGAUAGUCAUCUUCGGCUCAGUCAAUGAAUCAGCCAAUAGUCUACGUUUGAUCGUCGAUUUGUGAAGACCAACUUGUUAGACGGUAGAUAAAACCGUGAACGAAGCAAAUAUACUCAGCGUAAUAUGCAUUUCUUAACAUUUUCCACGAGCUUAAUUCUUAUCGCCGCAUUCAGCAGCGCAUCCAGUUUAAAUGUGGUUAGUGAGGAUAAUAUAGCCAGCGCACCGUUACCUGCGAAUGGUGCUGCUGUCGAUGAAGUGGUAGUGGAGUCUUCGCUUUAUAUCAAACCAAAAUCCAAUUUGAGACCUCAGGUUCGACGCGUGCGUAGCAUACCCUUCGAGAUGCCCUUGAACAGCGCUUCCUUGCUGGAACAUGUGCGUGUCAAGCGUAGACCACAAUCCCAACCGUUCGCUCCGCAAUACGGGCAAUCGCAGGCCAUUGCUAAUGCCGAUGCUCACAAUAGAAAUGUAGGACCAUUCGGCGCGAAUACAGCCGAUUCAAAUGCUGGUUCACAAGCGUUCAAUGCUUUCGGCCCUAAUGGUUCGUUUGGCGCCUCCUCAGCGGGCACUAUAUCGCAAGCCACACAAUCGGGUCCCUUCGGAUCGCAAAAUUCAGCCGGAGCAUCAAUGAGUCAAUCGUAUAAGCUGCCCAAUGGACAAACAAUAAACUUUGCCAGCACAAAUAGCUUUGCUAAUGGCCCAUUUGGCAAUAAUGCCAACAGCCGUGGGUCGUCAGUGUCUGUCGGCCAGGCUUAGAGCUCAAGCUGCACUUAUCGGUAAUUGAUAAUAAUUUAAAUGUGCAAUUUAUUCCGGUUUAAGUUUAGUUGUUUGCCAAAAUACCAUUUUAUAUCAUCAACAAUUCAUAUUCUGUAAAGUGGAAAAAAUUAAAAAUGCUUGCAAGUGAAUUAAAGACCCUUGAUUAAUUAAAAUUGUGUAAGCUGAAGUUUAAAUUUAAUGUUGAAAUCCUGCCAAUUUGCGUACAAAUAAAUUUAAAAAUGCCCAAGGUAAACAUCA